AUGGCGGAGCCGCCGCCGGGACCCGCCGCACCGCCGGGCUGCGGCCGCGCCUGGGAGCGCGGCGGCUCCGCGCAGGAGGCUGAGGACGGCACGGAGCCCUCCGGCCCCAGCGCCCCGCAGAAGGGUCCGGGCACGGAGCCCCCCGGCCCCGCUUUGAACGGUCCGGGCACGGAGCCCCCCGGCCCCGCUUUGAACGGUCCGGGCACGGAUGCCCCCGGCCCGCAAGAAGACACGGAGCCCCCCAGCCCCGCUUUGAACGGUCCGGGCACGGAUGCCCCCGGCCCCAUUCACAACGGUCCCGGCACGGAGCCCCCCGGCCCGCAAGAAGACACGGAGCCCCCCGACCCGCAGGAGGACGCGGCUCCCCCAGAGGGGCCGGAGCUGUCGCUGGUGCCGCCGGAGCUCCGCGCGCGGCUGCUGGACCGGCAGGACUACCGGAGCCGUGCCCAGGCCGUGGAGCAGCUGCGGCGGGCGGUGGAGGGCUCCAGCCCGGCCGCGCUGAGCGCCGCGCCCGCCGCCGCCGUGGUGGGGCUGAUCGCGCUGCUGGACACGCUGCUGCACGACCCCAACUUCGCGGUGGCGCGGGGGGCGCUGGAGGUGACCCGGCUGCUGGCGCUGCGCCUCGGCCGCCGCGUCCCCGCCGUGCUGGCCCCGCUGGUGUUGGCGGCCGCCCGGGCGCUCGGGGACGCGCAGCCGGCCAUGCGGCGGGACGGCUCCCGGCUGCUGCUGCGGCUGAUGGCGGCGGCCGGCCCGCGGCCCGUGCUGCGCCUGCUGCUGCAGGAGCGGCUGCUGCGGCACCGCAGCGCCCGGCUCCGCGAGGAGCUGCUCAACACGUGCAUCGCCGCGCUGCUCGCCUACCCCGCCGCCGAGCUGGACCUGCCCCGGCUGGCGGCCGCGCUGGCGCCGGCGCUGCUGGACGCGAAGCGCCGGGUCCGGCACGCUGCCAUGGAGGCGUUCGCCGCGCUGACCUCGGCGCUGGGCCCCGGCAACUCCGGCGCGCUGCUCCGCGCCCUGGAUGCCGUGGAGCUGCGGCCCGGCGGCGCGGGGGUCGUGCACGCCGUGCAAGCCCGGCUGGCCAGGAAGGUGCUGCCCAGGCUGGGCGAGCAGGGACUCGUGGAGUACGGCGUGCCCUUGUCCUCCUCCGGCCACUGCCGCGGGCCCUGCCACCCGCCCGGAGCCGACACCGAGUGGCUGCUGAUGGGCAGCAGGAGCCGGAGCGCGCACAGCCACUGCGGCCACCCCGCCGGCCAGGCUGCGCUGCACGGCCCCGCGUGUGCCGAGCGGGGACUGAGCCCCAGGAGAGUCCUGAGUGCCGGCAGAGGCAAAAACAAGCUGCCCUGGGAGAACGAGCUGGCUGCGGACAGGGAAGGUGGCUCGGCGGUCAGGAUGCCUGUCACGAAGGGUGUGGAGCAGCUCCGGCCCUCCCAAGGAAUCCCAGCCAGUGAAGAAUUAUUUUUCAGCAGGAAAAGAGCUUCCAGGACUUUAUUGCAGCCCAGUGUGGAGCUGAGCUCGGAGCCUUCUGCCCGUGGUGCUGGUGCUGUGGGCUCUCAUCAGCCCCAGAUUUCAGGGAAAUGUGGGACACUUGGAUACCCACAGGCACGUGGGAAGAGUGGCAGUGUGGACUCUGAUUUACAGCUUUUGGGAUUAAAUGACUGUCAGCAGGACAAAGUUUGUUCCAGCCUCAGUUUUUCCAGCAAGACCCAGAGAAGUUUUUGCACUCAGGCAGAGCCCACCGUGUCCUUCCAAGGUCCCAGUGCCAGCCAGGGCACCUUCAUCCUGCCCUCCUUCCCCCUGUCAUCCCCCAGGAACAGCCCCAAGCACCUCUCCUCCCCAGCUGCCUCCCCGAGGAAGUCCCAGGAGGAUCCCAUGAGCCUCUCCAGCUCCUGGCCUCUCAGAAGCUUCGAAGGGCUGCCUAAGCCUGGGUCCCAGAAGCAGCUGCUCAGCCAAAAGCCAGGAGAAAACACAGGGGAUAGCCCACUGGAGAAGCCCUCCCUGGCGCUGGAGAAGCCCUCCCUGCCUCUGGAGAAGCAAUCCCUGCAGCUGAGGGCCCCCCUGGGGAGACCCCCGGUGCCCCAGGGGAGGCUGCGAGGGGCCCGGCCCGUGCCCCCCAUCCCGCGCCUGCCCAGCCCCAGGGAGCCCCCCGGGGCCAGGGAUGGCAGCGAGGGCACGGAGCUGGCAGCGGGGCUGGCAGAGCUGCACGUGGAGCCUGAGGACGUGGACCAAGAAGAGAUGCAGAAUUCCCUGAGAUCCCUGCGGAACAGCGCAGCCAAGAAGAGGGCAAAGCUGAGCAGCAGCAUCGCAGACCUGGAGAGCCCCGACUCCGCUGUGAAACUCGAAUUUUCCGGGGACUGCCCCUCCCAGGGCUCCUCCCCCAGCGCCGCCUCCACCGGCGAGAGUGGGAUUUAUAGCCAGGAAUCCCUGAGCUCCCCCGUGGCCGCCCUGCCCCCCAGGAGGAGAGUGAUGUCAGACACUUUUCCAGCACUUGGCAGCAAAUCCCACCCUGCAAAAUUAUCUCCAGCAAGGCCCAGGGACGCAGAGGUGGCAGAGCAUCACCCUGGCACAGGCCCUGCAGAGUCAGUGUCUGCUUUUGCACCGAAGAAUGACCUGGGCUUCACAUCUGAAGAUGUUGUUGUUGUUGGUAAAGGUGUUUUUGGGAGCCCUCCUGCCCGAGCUCACAUGACCAAUGGGGAUGACCAGGCUGCCAGGGAGGGAGCUGAGGCAGCCCCAGGGAGAAGCUUCCAGCAGACCAGCGCUUCCCACUCCCAUUGCCAUGCAGAGAAUGAAGGAGAGAUAAAAGUGACCUUGUCCAAAUCUGCUCAGGAGAAGCUGAGGAAGAAAAGGAAAGAAGACAAAGAGGACAACCAUAAAGAGCAGCAGGAAGUCAAAGACUUGGAAGGGAAGGAAGAAAACCCUUGGGAAAGGAUUAGACUGAGUAUGAGUGAACCAGAGAAACUCACAGCAGAAAGAUUUAAUUUCUGUGGGGAUUUAUUGACAUCACCAAGAAAUGGAUCUUUGUCCUUAGACAAUGUGGCCUUGAACCCUUCCCUGAAAAGAACAUCCAGUUUGAAGAGGUCAAAGUGUUCAUCCUUGCUAGAUUCUGAGGAGCCGUGCCCGGCGCCGCGGGGCCGCUGCCGGGAGCCGCCGCUGCCGCCGAGCCCCGAGGUGCUGGACCCCGCCGAGCUGCAGCCCUUCCCCAGGCCCGACACGGCGCUGGCAGAGGCGCUGGCACUGCUGAAUGACCAGGACUGGGAGAAGAAAAUUGAGGGUCUGAACUUUGUCAGGUGCUUGUCUGCCUACCAUGCCCCUAUUCUGACUGCAAAGCUCCACGAAACAACUUUGGCUGUGGCUCAAGAGGUCAAGAAUUUACGCUCAGGUGUUUCUCGAGCUGCUGUGGUCUGUUUAGGGGAUUUGUUCACCCACCUGAAAAAGAGCAUGGAUCAAGAACUAGAUAAUGCAGUAAAAGUCCUUUUGCACAAAGCUGGGGAAUCCAACACUUUUAUAAGGGAAGAGGUAGACAAGGCACUGAAGGCCAUGGUUAAUAAUGUGACUCCAGCACGUGCACUUUGUUCUCUUAUAAAUGGAGGGCAAAGCCACCUGCACUCAGCCGUGAGGAGAUGCACAGCCCAGCACCUCGGGGACAUCGUGGAGCGCAUGGGCCCGGAGCGCAUCCUGGCCGGAGCCAAGCCCGUGGCUGACCGGCUGCUCCCUGCCAUAGCCAGGUUUGCCCAGGACAGCUCCCAGCAAACCCGGUUCUACGGGCGGAAGAUGCUCUUCAGCAUGAUGGCCCAUCCUGACUUGGAUAAAACCCUGGAGAAGUUCGUGCCAGCCAAGGAUUUGCCUUACAUUAAGGAAGCUGUUGGCAGCCUUCGAGAGAAGGGCCUGGGGGAGAUGCCCUUGGAUACACCCUCAGCCAAAGGAAGGCGUUCCCAGACUGGAAGUGUUGGACAUUUGAGGUUGUCCUCUACUUGCAGAGAUGCUCCCAACAUCCCGGACAGGGACAGCACAGAGGCCCACGAAGCCCCAAGGAGAGCAGCUCCUCGCAGUGCCCUGGAAGGUGAGGAAUAUGUCAGGGACAUUAUCGGGUCACUGAAUGCCAAAGACUUCCGGGAGCGCAUCAGCGGCGUCCGGCAGCUGCUGGCGGACACGGAGAGCAACCCGGCCCUGGUGCUUGCCAACAUCGUCAAGAUCUUUGAUGCUUUCAAGCCUCGCUUACACGACUCCAACAGCAAAGUGAACCAGGUGGCUUUGGAGGCCAUGCACAGGAUGAUUCCACUGCUCAAAGACAAUUUAUCACCUGUGAUCAACAUGUUAAUUCCUGCCAUAGUGGACAACAACCUCAACUCCAAAAAUCCAGGGAUUUAUGCAGCUGCCACAAAUGUUAUCCAGGCUCUAUGUCAACACUUGGACAACUCCCUGCUCCUGCAGCCGCUCUGCACCAAAGCCCAGUUCCUGAGUGGAAAAGCAAAGCAGGACCUGACAGAAAAGCUGGCUGAGCUGGUGCCGGAGCUGUACCCGCGGAAGCCGAGUGCGGUGGAGCAGAAGGUGCUGCCUGUGCUGUGGCACCUGCUGGGCAGCACGGCCGGCGGCGGCUCCGUGCCCGGCCCCGGCGGCGGCCGCGCGGCCACGGCCAGCUUGGCCCAGGCCCUGUCCGCACAGAUGGGCCCCGGCCUGCUCGCCCACGCUGCAGCCCAGCCCCCGCACAUCAGGAAGAGCUUGGAGGAGCUUUUGGAGACGGGAACAUGAAAUCACCAUCCCCGCAGAGGCUCCAGCCCAGGACCUGACCCUGGAUUGCUCAUGAAGAACCACAUGGUCACAUCAGCACUGCACUUUACAAGGAAAAUGGAAGAGAAUCCUGGACGCAGUGACGCAGCGCUAUUUGUGAAAAACAUGUAUUUUUGUACCCCCACAGGCAGUGGUGCAGUAUUUGUUGUCUCAGGGCUGGGCGGGGGGGAGAACAAACUCCAACCCUUCUCCUUCCCCAGCUGCAGGCUCUGGACAGAUUGGACACGGGACACAAUGGGAUAUAUAAAUAAAGGGAUUUAUUUCUGUA